UUUUCACUUUCAUCAAGAGGCUUUUUAGUUCCUCUUCACUUUCUGCCAUAAGGGUGGUGUCAUCUGCAUAUCUGAGGUUAUUGAUAUUUCUCCCGGCAAUCUUGAUUCCAGCUUGCUUGCAGAAUGCUUGCACCAGGACAAAUGUCUCCUUGCCCAACAAAGAAACUAUUAGGGACUGAAAUUAACUGCACACUUAGGUAGUUAUGAAUAAAACGACACAAAAAUGCCACAAAACAACUUUGUCUUUCUCAGAUGCCACAAGAAAAAGCAGGCUGCUGCUGGUAAUGCUGUACCCGGCACCACUAAGGCAGUGAACAGACCACUCAAACUAUACCUCCUGCCCGAGCCAAAGACCCACCCCCGGCUUGUUAUCUCAUUUAAGGAACCAACUGGCCAAGGACACCUGUUUCUUGUUUUUGCUCCCUCCACCUGCACCUCGAAACCUAUUAAAGCUUUGUCGGAAAUUUUCCUUGCACCUGCUAACAAAUUUCUUUUGAUUAAACAGUCCAAGGGCCCAGGAGGGUAUCAAAAGCGAAACCGAAAAAUAUUCUAACUGAAUAAAACUUAAAAUACAACUUACUAAAAUUUACAAAAUGCAGCUAAUGUGUGGCUUAGAGGGAAAAGUUUAGGAGUUUUGAAAAUUCCUAGAUCUUUCGAACUCUUGCCAGACCCCAGAAGUCUUAAAAACCAAGUGGCAUCUCCGGCACGAAUAUCUGGCAGCCCCGAGCAAGCCGUCGAGGAAAACGUUAGUUCUUCCAUACAUAAGAACUCCCCAACCUGGGACGGCUCUCUGGGGACGUCUUCCCAAGACAGAAGAGAGACCCACACAGCGCGGAAGGAGAAAACUGGCGUGGUGUCUGCGCCUCCACCGUUUGGCCCCUAGAAGGAGCCCACAGAGCUCGGGCCCCUGGCAUGCCGCAGCCACUGCGGAGUACACGCCUAGUCUGGAAAACACUGACCUGCCUGCCCUCUGAAGCCCGGAGGGGCCAUGCCCCCACGUUCUCAGAAGGAAGAGCCAAUGCCCAAGCAGACGACUCUUCCAGGUGUGGGCUCCUAAAGCCCGUCUCUGAGGACGCUGCCACAAAGCCCCCCACCCAACCCCCUCACCAAGGAAACUGGGAAAGGGGGCCCAGGCUCAAACCUCCCUCCAGGAGACCAAGGCAGGAAAAGGCCCAGGAGCAGGUAGAGGAAGGCCCUAUUCCCCCUCCUCUGCUUCCCGCGUGGACUGGGACGAGCUGGGUGACCCAAACUUUAACCUGUUCCGAGGAUGCAGAGAGAUCCGGCUCCCCACGAAGACUCGCAAACAGGCUGGCGGAGCCUGAGGCUGGACGGCUCAGAGCAGGGUCAUUGACGACCAAACUCACCUCGGUGGAGCAAGGUGCUUUCCACCUCAGCGGUAGGCCGGGGCAGGGAUCGCCAGGAGCAGCAGGCAAGCCUGGGAUUCUCUGGGUGUGUGGGCCUGCUCCAGCAGUGCCGUCAGUGAGCCCGGGGCUCAUCCCCUCCUCCGUGUGGCCAGAGCUGCCUUGGAUGAAGGUCCACUAAGACCAGGGCCCGUGAGACCAGCCUGCACGCGCGCCGGAAGCCAAGCUCGCAGAACCUGGUUUUCCGCAAGCUCUGGAUAUUCUCUGGCCUGGAUGGCUCCUCUGUAUCCUCCAUGGCGUGGGGAUCCGCUGCUGCCUGUGGGGAGCAUCAUGGACAUGCUGCCGCCGCACAACAAAGAUGCGUGUUGAGAAUUGCAGAGUAAGAAAGGAAGGCCAGAGAUACCUGACACGGAAGACCAUGCAGGAGAGAAACCAAAGCUGGCAAAAGAGGAGCUCACCCAGGUCCCAAAGCAGGCCCAAACAGAGGGCCUUCAGAUAAGUGUGAGGAAAGAGGAGUUAGUGCAUCCGCUCCCUGGAGACCAUGGCAGAAGACAGCAAAUGACCAGAAUCUGUGAUGACCUCAUUCUCCAAGUUGGAGAUAUGACAUGGGAGUCCAGAAACUGGGAAAGCCGAGCUGAAAUCAAUUCCAUACUAUUAUCUUUGCAUUUAGAAAGGUAAAAUGUAUGACUGUGUUCAUAUUUGUUUGUUCUUGACAGUUUAUGACCUAUUUGGGAUUACAUUUAAUAUCAGAUAAAUGCUCUCAGAUCUAGAUCCCAUGGGCUUUGUUUUAGAUUAUUAUGAAAGUGUGUGAGGCAGAAUUUUAGUAAGGAUAAAAACAUAAAAUAAUACACAAGCUUGUCCCCCAGGAGUGAUAGAUCAAGUGAUAGAUGAAGUGAAAAUACUAUUUUCACAGUUUUCCAUGUACUGACUUUAAGAUGGAAGAGUAACAAGCAGGAUGAUGCAAGCAAACAUAGAUAUAAUUAAAAACUUAAAUUUCUCUAAUAAAAUGAAUAAAUUUGGAACUGAGAAAACAAGUUUGUUUUAGUAUAGAAUUUAAAUUUGUUAAAUAUGGAAAUACAUCUUUUGUUGAUUUUUAGAGGUCUAGGGGAAUACAGCCUAUCUCUACUAAUAAAAAUUAACAAUUCAAAAUAAUCCCAGGUGAGGGGCUUACUCAUUUGUCCAUAAACAUUUAAAAGAGACCCCCUCCUUUUUUAUAAAAUGAACCUAGAGAAAGUCAAGCUAUCUGCCAAGAUCCAAGCGUAAUUAAAAAGCUGAUGGUCAGGAGCUGCACUUUGAUCUUCAUAGUGGGCCAUUGAGUAAAAAGGUAUACUUUAUGGCAGCAAAAUCUGUACUUAAAACUUUUAGUCAGGAUAAAUUUAACAUACUAAAAUAGACACCAUGAUGAGAUCAACCCCUGUGUACUGAUCCUAGUUUUAAUAAUUGUCAAUUCAUGAGACUCAAGAAUUCAUCCAUUUCCCAACUCCAUAUCAUUAUGAAGCAAAUCUGUCAUCAUGUCAUGUCAUCCA